AUGGCCAGCUACGAGGCGCCGUGGCGCUCUACAUUCCUCUCACACAUCCAGCAGGUGGGCAGUCCAACAUUUACAUUGAGCACGCUCCACCCCCUCGAUGGCAAUCAGUUUGUGCCUAGAGCCAGGACUGUCGUCUUCCGAGGCAUGUGGGCUUCUUUGCCAGACAAUCCUAGGAACCCGGCGCCGCUCAACCCAGCCGUCUACGCCAGCGACUUGCCUGUUAUCACGACGGACGUGCGCAUGGAAAAAGUCCCCGAGCUUAUCGGCAGCAGCCGUGAGCCGUCUUCGGCGUCAGAGGUCCAGUCUGCUAUCGGAGGUCCGGUCGAAGCCGUCUUUUGGAUGGAAAAAGCCAGGACGCAGUGGCGGUUCCGCGGCCGUGCCUAUGUGAUUGGUCCGGAUAUCGAGUUGGAUGCAGCUGCACCUGUAAGAGCUGCUCUGCAGCCCUGGAUGAGGGCUGUAGACGAUGAGCAGAAAGAUGCAUGGAGCUGGAGCAGAGAGCUUACCGCAAGCUUUGGAAACCUGAGUCCCAUAAUGAGAGGCUCGUUCCGAAAUCCACUGCCCGGCACUCCUCUGACACAGCAGCCCGAACCUGGCCUGGAGUUGGGACAAGAAGUCGACGAUGUAAACGAUGAGCUAGCACGGAGGAACUUUCGGGUAUUGGUCAUUAUGCCCGAGGAGAUUGACCAGAUAGAGUUGUCGGACCCUAAGAGAGGUCGCAGAUGGAGCCACAGGGCUGAAGUGUCUCAGUCUGGGAUUUCGUGGAAGACAACGGAGCUGUGGCCGUAA